GCUAAUCUAUUCUGUAGAGUGGUACAGUUUGAGAAGCUCUGGUUUGGAUAAUGAUUCCAAUCAUCCCUCUAUAUUAAGACUUCUAAGACUCCCAUCCUCCCACCUUUAAGGAUCUUUCCUAUCUUGAUCUAUAUAGAAGACAGGUUCUCAUAUCAAUUUAAAACUAAAUUUGAAUGAUAGAAGUAUGAAGUUAAGUGUGGUGUAUCUAGACUCUAGUAGUGAAGUUUGUUAACACUAUCUAUCAUGGAAUGAAACCCAAUUAAAAGGCCGUAAAUGAAUCGAGUGGAGCUGAGUUUUGAUCUAAAUUAAUGGGUCGAGCCCUAGUAGUUUACUAAAACAUUGACUUGUGUUUGACUUGACCCCGAUUCAUUAAUGAGCUAACAGGCUCUGCUCGAGGUUGGCUCAUCAAUUAGCUCCGCAUAUCAGCUGGAGCCGAGGUAUCAUAUAUAUCAUUUAUUUAAUAAUUUUUAAUUGUUCAUAUCAUGUUAUUUAAUAGCAAUUAGUAUCCGAGCAAUCUAUGAUACAUAAUAUAUAUGGAGACAUAUUUGAUCACGUGCUGAAAUUAUUAAACAUCAAAUGUGAUGAUAUAUAUAUAUAUAAUCUAACAAAUCUUUGAAUUAUUAACAAGCGAAUGGUAAGCUAUUACCCAAUUUGUUCAUAAGUUGCUAGUUGAUGUGGCUCGCUAGCUAUACUAUCGAGCUAGCUCGCGUGUUGAGCUCGACAAGCGCUAUCAAAUCGAGCUGACUCACAAGUCUUGCAGGCCGAACAUGACUUAGCUCAAACUUGACUUGUAGUAAACGAGUGAGUGUGGACCGAAUUUUUCUCAAACCAAACUCCGAACCACUCGUGAGCAUAUUGGCUCAACCCCCCAAUGAUUGCUUAUGAUGCAUGAAGAUGAUGAGUUUUGUAUUCCCUUGGGCUCUUGACUAUUUGUUAUUCAAAAAAGGCCUUGAGACUAUUAGGGAUGUUUUCUUUGACAAUUCAGCCAUAAAAUAAAACAAACUCAUAAUGCGGUAUGCCAAGGCAGGAUAAUUGCUUCAGCGUCAAGAAAUUGUUAUUGUAUUUUACCAUUAAAUAACAAGCAGCACUAGUUUUCCUUGUGGUCGUGGAGAAGUAUAAUACCGAAAAGGAAUUCGGAAUAUGCUAGGUCUCAAUAAACCACAGCCGUUCGAUUCGCAUAGUAAAACAGCUGUUAUCUCCAAGUACCGUCUAGAUCGCACCACCGAUCGGUCCCUCUAGUCUCAAACCAUCGCAGCCGUUGGAUAAUAUUUCGUUCUCCAUUUAAAUAUAUAGAUAGUUUUUCGAAUUUGAAUCGGUUUCAUUCAUGUCUUCCAGUCGGCAAGUUUCUUCCUUAUAUAAUAUAUGCCUCCCUAGGCGCCAUCAUUAUUAAAUCCCAGCCUCCAAUCUUCCAGCUCCUUCUGAACAUGUCCGAACCUCUGCAUCGACUUCUCUGCAGAUCUACCUCUUUGCUCCCGUUCGCGAUUUGGACGGGAGGAUUCGGCUUCGAUGGUAGCUCUGUGGGCGAUUUGCCCUCGAUGCUUGGUUGCUCCCACGGAUCCGCAGAUAUCGACCUCUUGAGUAUCGUGUAUCAGCUCUGCUUCUAUGCCGUGGUUGAUUCUAGGGAGUUCGAGCUUGGAGGGAGACGAUAUGAACUUCGAUCAUGGUGAGAUCAGGGUGUGUUCUUCAGCUAGCCGCCCGCCUGCUUAUGAUCUGAUGAUCGGUGACGAAUUUUGCCAGCUAGAAUUGAGCUAGCUGGAAGGGUUCGUGAAGGUUACUGUGCUGGAACACGGUUUGUGAUUUUAUUUAUGUCUUCAUUCAAUCUGUCCAUCGUGUUGCUCAGAAGACAAUUAGGGGGUUCUUUUUUUAAGCGUUACUUUUGCCUGUGACGUUGUUUGUCAAUCGACCUUUGCCAUGUUGGGUGCGCUCGCAUGGCAGGUCACUGAUACCCUAAUAAAAGAAGCAUUUUUCGGGUUUGGAGGGGGGAGAUGGCACAGGGGUAUUCUUUCUUAGUGAAGUAUUUUCGACCCCCGGCUCUCCCUCCUCCAUGUGGGUGUGGGUGUGUUGUUGUGCUCCUCUUUCCCCCUUUUCCUUCAUUUCCAUUCAAUAGUUACUCACUGCAAGGCAACCGGGACAGAACAUGCAUACAGGGAACCAGAAUAACCUUCACAGGUACAAAUUUCCUUGUUCCUGCUGCUUAAUUCCACGAUCUUAUACAUAGAUAGGUAUUUGAUCAUCUAUUUUCAAUCUGCAUCCGUGAGAAGUACAUUUGCAGCAGUAAUCAACUCAGCCAGAUGUUUAAGUUAACGAAUACCUGCCCCUAAUUGACAGGUCUGUUGGUUAUUCUACCUGAAACUGUCUUUUGGGCACAGUUCAUAUAGUUGCACUAGUGAAAUCUAUCUACCAUCUCAGGACUUGCCUAAAGAAGUGAAUCUUAUUGAAUUAGUUUGGGGAAAAUCCAACUCUAAUCAUAACCGAGAAAGAUAAUACAGCUGCAUCUCGUAAGCAUUAUGAGUUACAUGGUUGUAUCAUUUUCUCUGUUGCCAUUCAAAUCAAAGUUCACACGAUAAAUGGACCGCCCCAUACUCGACACCUAUUGGUUUGAUACAGCUAAUGUUCAUGGCAGCAUUCGCUUUUUGUCUCUGUCUGUCUUAAAAGAAUUUUCCAUCUUUAUUUGAUUGGAUGUGUAUUACUUUGUCAGUAUUGCUUGAACUGCAUCUGUUUGUAUUGCGGCAGCAGCUGUUGGCUGCUUAGUAAGGGCAUGUAUUUUCGUAGUACUGUUAAAGCUAUUCCAUUUGUGCUGUACUUGUGCCCAUUAAGGCCAGUUGAAAAUAGGUUGUAAAACGUGAAGAUGGUAUUGAGCUUCUUCAUCAAGGGGGUUACUUGGGUAAGGUUGAUGAAGUGUGGCUAUCUCAAAGGUGGAGAUGCUGUAUCUGGUUUGCUGGAGCUGUGGUGGAGAACUUUGUAUGAGAGCUGCUGUUCCUGUUCAAUUGGGUGAGUGUUCUCCAUUGUUGUCUGGCCUUGUCAUCUGUCGCAGUGUCUUCCAGAAGCGUUCACUUAUCUUUUAUAAUAAAUUCUAUUGCAGAGCAGGCAACAUAUGGUUGUCUGUAAAUGAUUCCUGCGACCGAAUGUUAGAUUUGAGGCACGGAGCAUGGAGGGAGAAAAGUGCCCUACCAAAAAAGCAACAGACAUGGUCUUGUGGUGAUAGUUUUGAGUUCUUGCGUCAAGUGCUUCAAUAACACGAUCUGCAUUGGUGAUUGAGGCUGGCGUCCCAAGGGUUUCAUGGCAUCUUUUGCAUCAAUGAGUAUACAAUUUCUUUUCCCCAACUUCCCCUCAUCGGCUCUUGCUAUUUAUUCGCUUCAGUUUGCUGAAAUAUUAUUUGCUUUGGAUUUGGAUUUGAGAUCGCAUGUUUGAGUUUGAAUCAAGUGAUCCAGUUCUAGGAGCAGUCAUCCGUUUGUUGAUGGUUUCCAGUACGUUGCUAGGGUAUCCAUGUUUGUGCUAUUCAGGCCCUCAUGGUAAUAGGAAUGUGGCUGGUUUGGUUCAAAUUGUACCGAGCUGCAAACCACCCAUUAUUCUGUACAGCAGGCCACACUUGGAGUCAAAUUUGCGGGUUUUUGCUUGUACGUUGGGUAAUAGGUGUAGUUUUACUGGACUAAGCUGCAAUGGAAUUGAACCAUGAAAUGGGAACCAAUUCAGUGCGGUCAAGAUAACCACUAUCCAGCACCUGAACAAUGGUUAGAAUGGUUGCGGUUCAGCUCGGUUAUACGUGAUUGGUUGCCCCUCCCUACGCCAUAAUUAUGGCCUGCUAUGCCUAUUUUGGUGUAGUUUUUUCAAGGUAUAUAAAUCGUCUGUGGUGGAUCUAUCAGCUCAAAGUGGUUAGAGCACCUUAGGCCGUUGGGCUUGAGGAGGAUGGUGGUUCGAAUCCAUCUGGAUCCGUUUUCAUAUUUGGUAUUGGCAAUCCACUGCUAGUUCUAAACACUGGAGCUUUAAAAUAAUUGAUUGGUUGGUGGUGCGUUUUUUUAAUUUUAUUAUUUGACAGGUAAUAUCAACUGAUUCCACAACGUUUCAGUUAGCUUUCAGAAUGGAACGGCGAGACUCUGUAUUGAAAUGGCGGCGACCUCAACGUUUCAGUUAGAUUUCAGAAUCAGGCCGACAGGUGGGGCAGCCAUGACUCUGUCAGUGGAUUAUCUCCUCUUUCAUUUAAUCAAAUGCUAUUGUUAACUUAUACAGUUCACACUCUUUGGCGGAAAAAAUCCCAAAGUACACUAGUUCUUAAAAAAAAAUUCCCAAAAUACAUAAGUUAUAAAAAAAAUUUCCAAAGUACACAUGUUUGAGCAUCACCGUGUUAGACAAAGGCGGUGAAGGUCAUCACCGCGUUUGACGAAGACUAUGAGUAGGGGUGUGCAAUGGUCCGGUCCGUACCGGACCACACCGGACCAAACCGUUGUUAAGACCGGACCGGACCAGACCGAGUAAAAUACGGUCCGGUCCUUGGUCCUAAUGAAUUUUAUAAUUACUG